AUGGUUGAUUAUCAAAUUAAAGAAUUAACUAAAGAUCAAAUUAAAAUUAUUUUAGAUACCGUUCCAAUUUUGGAACAAGCUGGUGAAAGUUUAACUGCUAAAUUUUAUCAACGUAUGAUUGGGGGUUAUGAUGAAGUUAAACCAUUUUUCAAUACAACAGAUCAAAAAUCAUUAAGACAACCAAAAAUUUUAGCAUUUGCAUUAUUAAACUAUGCUAAAAAUAUUCAAGAUUUAUCACCAUUAACUGGGUUUGUACAACAAAUUGUUUCAAAACAUGUUGGUUUGCAAGUUAAAGCUGAACAUUAUCCAAUUGUUGGAACUUGUUUAAUUGAAACUAUGAUUGAAUUAUUACCAAAAGAAGUCGCAACUUCUGAAUUUAUCGAAGCUUGGGCAACAGCUUAUGGUAAUUUAGCCAAAAUUUUAAUAGAUGCUGAACAACAAGAAUACAAUAAACAACCAUGGAAAGAAUUCAAAAAUUUCAAAGUUUCAAAAAUUGAAAAAGAAUGUGAUGACGUUAAAUCAAUUUAUUUAACUCCAGAAGAUUCAACAUUUCAAAUUCCAAUUAAUAAACCAGGUCAAUAUUUGUGUAUUAGAUGGCAGUUACCAAAUGAAAAAUUUGAAAUUUCAAGGGAAUAUUCAAUUUCGGAUAUUCCAAAAGAUAAUGAAUAUAGAAUUUCAGUUAGACAUUUAAAAGAUGGUAAAAUUUCAUCAUAUAUUCAUAAUGAGUUAAAAGUUGGUGAUGUAUUAAAAAUUGCUCCACCAAAUGGUAAUUUUGUUUAUGAUGAUAAACAAGUUGAAAAACCUUUAGUUGCUGUUGUUGGUGGUAUUGGUAUUACACCAAUAGUCUCAAUCGUAAAAUCUGCUAUAAAGCAAAAUAGAAAAAUUGUAUUAAUCAAUUGUAAUAAAGAUGUUAAAUCAAGACCAUUUGAAAAUUGGUUAAAGUCAAUUAAAUCAGAUAACGUUAAAAUUAUUGAAUAUUUUGAUCAAGAAGAUGCAUCUGUUACAGAUAUAAUUGAUAAAGCUGAAAAAAGAAGAUUAGAAAUGAAAGAUCUAGAUUUUAUAACUGAAAAUGAUGAUGUUUAUUUAUUAGGACCAAGAGGUUUCAUGAAAGUUAUAAAAACUUAUUUGAAUGAUAAAAAAAUUGAUGUUAAAUUAGAAUAUUUUGGUCCAAUGGAUGUUUAA